AUGUUAGUUGAAAAAGGUCUUGAAAAAUUGUAUGACCGUAGAGCCAUUGACCAACACAGGGAAGAGAUUCCGAUUUCCGAUUUCUUCAAUCAAGAUGAGGCAGCAAAAGAAUUCCUGAGAGUGCUAAGCCAAUGCCUGGAAAUGUCUAAUUCAACAAGAGAGGAUUUCUUUCACCAGGACGACUUUCAGAUCGCCAAAUUUAAGCCCAAACUUGCAUCAAUUCGACUUACAAUUUUCAAAUUAAAAUCAAGCCCAGAUUUUGUUUUCUCCGAGUCUCACAGUCUACUUCAUAGACAGGUACGACAACAAGCCCAAAUUGACUUGGGUGGACCGAAUCCAUAA